GGUUUAUCAAAAUGUGCUUGAGGUCGACUAGAAAUCUUAAAUAACGUAUAUAUAAUAGUAAUUUUUAAAACAAACCAUAAAGUAUUUCAAUUUUCAAGGAUAAGAAUGAGAUUAUCAAUGAUUAAUUUGUCUUCUUUGCCUUUUUAGGUAGUACUUUCUAACAUUGAGUGAUAAUGUCAUCUUCUCGCCUAGUGUUUUCGAACAUUGUACGAUGCUAUUCCUUACUAAGUUCCUCGAAAUCAAAAGCUAAUCACUCAAUAAUCUCAAAGAAUUCUAGACAAAGCGUCAGAUUUUUUGCCUCUAAAUUAUUAUCUCUGAAAGGUAAUUUAGGCCUUUUUCUGAACAAACUGAAAGAAGAAUAUGACAUUGCGUCAAAAAAGUUAUGCGAAGGUAAUUUAUCAGAUCAUGAAAUGGAUGAAUAUAAAAGCACUCAGAUAAAACAUGAAAACAUUGUCAAUUUAUAUAACGACUACUUGGAGAAAUGUAACGAUAUAUCGGAAUUAAAUAGAAUGCUGCAUGAUAAGGAAACAGACUCAGAAUUAAAGUUACUUAUUGAAUCAGAUAUAAUGGAAGUAUCAGAAACAAGUGAAAAUUUAGAAAAUAAUAUUAUUGAACUCUUAACGCCACCAGAACGGAUUGAUAACACGAAUACAAUUUUAGAAGUAACUGCUGGAGUUGGAGGUCAGGAGGCUAUGCUCUUCGCUGCAGAAAUAUUUGAUAUGUAUACCAAUUAUGCCAUGCAUAAAUCUUGGAAUUUUUCUCCUAUUAAUUAUGAUAUAAGUAUUGGAGGAGGAGUGAGAAAAGCCAGUGCUACCAUAAGUGGAUUUCAAGUAUUUAGUCAUUUAAAAUUCGAGGGCGGAGUUCACAGAGUUCAACGGGUUCCCAAAACUGAGAAAUCUGGACGAAUGCAUACAAGUACAGCAACAGUUGCAGUUCUUCCAGAACCUAGUGAAAUCGAAAUAAAUAUCAACCAUUCUGACUUGAGAAUAGAUACGUUUAGAGCCAGUGGUAAAGGAGGACAACAUGUCAAUAAAACAGAAAGCGCCUGUCGAGUAGUUCAUUUACCUACAGGUAUGUCUGUUGAAUGCCAAAGUGAAAGGUCACUUUUACGCAACAAAGAAAUUGCUUUGAAGGUGCUCCGUUCAAGAUUAUUUGAGAAAGAAUUUGUAAAGCAAUUGACUGCAACGAAAAGCUCACGGAAAUUACAAAUAGGAACGUCAUCCAGAAAUGAAAAGAUAAGAACAUAUAAUUUUCCUCAAGAUCGUAUUACUGAUCAUAGAAUAGGACUAACUUGCUACAAUAUUCAUGAAAUAAUGAAUGGAACAGAGGAAUUUGACUAUCUAAUUAGAAAAUUGAAACAAGCUGAUAAAAUGGAACGUUUACUAGAAAUAGUUGAAUCAGUUUCUUCUUAAUUAACGCAUUUUACUAUAUAAAUCAAAUAGUAAUAAAGUUGUUACAUAGCAAUUUAAUGGUAUUUUAAAGCAUUUGUAAUGAAUUUAUAUGAAAAUUUUCUAUUUCUGGGCUUAAACGUAAUUUGAAAUGCUUAACAUUCACUAAUAGUACACUUAGCGUUCUCCUGUGGCGCUGUAACAAAAGAUUUUGUAUACUUUCAGUAUGUUUGUCCUAUUUUUAGGGUCAAACAACUCGACCUAUACUAUUUAAUUAGAGUUUUUCUUUUUAUCAUAUUCGAAUGCUCUUGUUUUAACUUUUUCUUGUUGUUUAUCAAAAGUAUAAAGGUAUAAUAAACAUGUGUAGUACUUUGUACAAAUGAUAAUUAGAUGUUUUCUAACUUACUUAUUCUAUAAU